AUGACCUCACAUUUUCUGAUCGACCCAAGUCCACCAUCUUUGAGAAGCUUCUCUACAACUACAAAGACGUCUCCACGGCGCCAUAUGGUGAGUACUGGAGACAGAAUUGCCUUGGGGAGGAAGUAUUGUGGUGGAGAAGGUGGGAAAAUGUUCAAGGAGAUUUUGGGGGAGUUUAUGGAGUUAUUGGGACGUCUUGUAAUUGGAGAUUAUAUCCCAUGGCUUGUUUGGUUGAGCAGUUUCAAUGGUUUGGAUGCUAGAUUGGACAAGGUGGCUGACUUUUUAGCUGCAAUUGUUCUUUUGUGA